AUGCUGGAGAACCUCCAGACGCUUUCCAUAUCGCGACCUGACUUUGCAAGUCUCCCAGAGAAUCUCCCACUUCAGAAGCUGCGCAGGCUCCGGAUUGGUAAUGCGAGCCUGUCGAAGAGCGGGCUGCAGAGACUCAUCAACAACACAGGAAAACUGGAAGAGUUCGUUUAUAGGGAAGUUGAAGACACGGGUUGGUCACAAGCCACUAGAACCAGACUUGUUACAUCUCAGGAGAUCUUUGAGAUGCUUUUACCCAUGAAAGAUACACUCAAGAGAGUUGUCCUGAAGAUAUGGAACUCAGAGCGGCCACCUACUGCCAUGGCUCAGCUAGUCAAGCUGCAACAGUUACGAGUCAACGCAGGAGUAUUGUGCGAUAUCUCCACGCUGAGACGCAACACCCAAGAUCUUGCAAAGAAUGCCCUGCUCAAUGUGUUCCCACCGAACCUACAGACGCUAUGCCUCGACCAUAGCCACACGGAUGCACCUCGAUAUCGAGAGGCUUUGGGGUCUUACAUAUCGUCUACCUACAGAGGACCUCCCCAGGAGCAAAAGCUAAAAGAGACAAAGCAUAUCCAAAUCCAGCACCGUGGGCAAUGCCUGUUGUACGGCCAACGAACGCAGAAGAAGAGGAAUCACUCCACAGAGAAUGUGGUUCAUUAUGGCUUGAAAACGGGUGUAUAA